UUUUUUUUUUUUUUUUUUAAAUUUUUUUGUUGCCUUUUUCCAAAAAGAAAAAAAGAAAAAAAAAACUGAAAGAGUUUUAGAGAGAGAGACAGUGUGUGUGUGGAGAAGUGUCAGUUCAAGCAGAGGAUCUGGGAGGAGAUGACUAGCAGAGGUCGACUUGGAAUUUUGGAAAGAGUGAAUAAAUAAAGGGAUUUUCUGUUUGCUGUCUGCCUUAUGGUCCUGAAUUUCGAUUAGGGAUUUUCAGUUAUUUUGGUAGAUUUUUCUUGCUGUUUUGGGAAGAUAGGGAUUCAUUUCCUAUUUAUCAAUCCAGGUGGGUUUUGGGUGCGGCAUGCAUUUUCAUAUUCAAUGUGUCUACUGGGUUUCUUAGAUCGUUUGGAAAUAUAAGUGAAUGGGUUUUUGAAUUUGUUGUCAAAGAUUUGGUGGUGUAGGUGAACAAAGAAGGUUUUGUAUGCAGAGUGUACGUGAAUGGGGAUUCUGUUUUUCAUACUGGUCAAUGACUUCUCUAGACUUUGUCUAGAGUAUUUGUGAUGAAACUUGUAAAAAUCAUCGAAACAGCUGAGUCAACUAUUGUAAUACUGCCAUGGAAGACGCUGAAAGGCAUGGAGAGAAAACUUUCCCCAAUGGAGAUGUUUACGUUGGAAAUUUUAAGGGAAUACUCCCACAUGGUAGAGGUAAAUAUACUUGGUCAGAUGGAACUGUCUAUGAUGGCGAUUGGGAAGAAGGAAAAAUGACAGGUAAAGGCCAGAUAAUUUGGUUGUCUGGAGCAAACUAUGAGGGUGAUUUUUCUGGAGGUUACCUACAUGGUUUUGGUACCUUCGUUGGAACAGAUGGAUCUGUCUACAGAGGGUAUUGGAGGAUGAACUAUUUGCAUGGAUUUGGAGAAAAGCAGUAUUGUAAUUCAGACAUUUAUGAAGGUUCAUGGAGGGAAGGAGUGCAUGAAGGUUGUGGUAGGUAUUCCUGGAACAGUGGAAAUACAUAUAUUGGGAGUUGGAAAGGUGGGAAAAUGUGUGGUAGAGGGGUUAUGAAAUGGGCAAAUGGUGAUCUUUUCAAUGGGCAUUGGUUAAAUGGGUUAAGACAUGGGUAUGGAAUUUACAAAUUUGCAGAUGGGGGAUAUUAUUAUGGGAUGUGGCGUCGGGGCCUAAAGGAUGGAGAAGGAAUUUUCUAUCCUGCUGGAGGUAAAUAUCCAUCCCUAGAGAAGUGUUGUAGCUCUCAUGAUCACGAUGAUGAUGGAAAGAGCUUACUGUCUUGUUCUUCAUUGAAUUCAGAGGAACAAAAUACUAAAAGACCUAGUGUUAAAAGAAGUCUUUCUGAGAAGAUUUCUAUUGGUGGUAUUUUAAGAAGUUCAGGUCGAAUAUCACACAGGACUACAUCAUUAAAUGAAAAUUGGAAUCCUCAUGAUCCUGGUAGAGAUUUUAUAUGUCAUGACUCCUCGUGCACGUCUUUCCAUACCUCCGAGGAAGGUCAACAUGAGUCGGAUAACAAUACAUUAGUUUAUGAAAGGGAAUACACGCAAGGGGUUUUGAUUAAAGAGACAGUUAGGAACUAUGCAGAGAUAUCACAAAAAUACAAACAGCAAAAUAAAUUUCAUGGGAAAGACUUAAGCAAGAGUUCAUGUCUAGGCAUUUUUCAGGGUCGUCGAAGCAAUUAUUUACGGCUUAAUUUGCAGCUUGGUAUUCGGUAUACAGUUGGCAAGAUUACACCAGUUCCUAUGCGUGAAGUCCGAUCAUCUGAUUUUGGAGAUCGAGCUAGAAUAAGGAUGUAUUUCCCCAAAAAUGGUUCCCAGUUUACACCUCCCCACAAAUCAGUUGAUUUCUACUGGAAAGACUAUUGUCCUAUGGUCUUCAGGAAUUUGCGGGAGAUGUUCAGAUUAGAUGCAGCGGAGUACAUGAUGUCCAUUUGUGGUGAGAAUGGUUUAAGGGAGCUUUCUUCUCCAGGGAAAAGUGGCAGUAUCUUCUAUCUCUCUCAUGACGAUAGAUUUGUGAUCAAGACACUAAAAAGAUCUGAACUCAAGGUUCUGCUCAAGAUGCUGCCUAGGUACUAUGACCAUGUAGGAAAAUAUGAAAAUACUCUAAUAACAAAAUUUUUUGGGCUCCAUCGCAUAAAAUUGAGGGGUGGAAGAAAGGUACGCUUUGUCGUCAUGGGAAACAUGUUUUAUACUGAAUUACAAAUUCAUCGUCGUUACGAUUUGAAAGGGUCAUCUUAUGGGAGAUUCACAGAUAAAGAAAAAAGGAACCAGAAUACCACAUUGAAAGAUCUUGAUCUGAAAUAUGAAUUUCAUAUGGACAAAUUAUUGCAAGAAGCUCUUCUCAAACAAAUAUUACUGGACUCCAUGUUCUUAGAAUCUCAGCAGAUAAUUGAUUAUAGUCUUCUGUUGGGAUUACAUUUUAGAGCUCCUGGGCUGCCUGGUACAACACACAAUCGUGAGAGCACUCAUAAUGGUGAUGCAGGUGAAAAUUCAAUAGGGGAGCUACCAAUUCCUUCUAAUGGUCUGUUACUGGUAACCCAUGAACCCAGCUCUGUGAGUACUGCACCAGGUCCUCACAUGAGAGGGCAAACGUUGAAAGCAUAUUCUCUAGGCGACAAGGAAGUCGAUCUUUUACUCCCUGGCACGGGAAGGUUACGAGUGCAAUUAGGAGUAAACAUGCCAGCACAGGCGAAUCACAAGCUUCAGCCUGAAGCGGCUGAUUCGACAGAAGUUGAACUGUUUGAGGUUUACGAUGUCGUUCUUUAUAUGGGUAUAAUUGACGUACUGCAGGAAUAUAAUAUAAAGAAGAAACUUGAACAUGCAUACAAAGCUAUAAAGAUUGACCCUGAUACGAUUUCUGUGGUUGAACCCAAGCUAUAUGCUAAACGUUUCUUCAAUUUCUUGCAAAAGGUUUUCCCUGAACUUCCAUGAACGACAACCCUAGUUUUGUUUUCUCUUUGCUUUCUUUGUUUAUUUUCAUUUUUCUUUCCUUUUAUAUAGAAGGGAAAAGCUUCAUUUUCUUGGUAUGCUUAGCAACAACUGUCAAUUCUUUCCACCAUUUGUUGUAUAGUUGUAUGAUCAUGUAAUAAGUGUAAUCAGUUUACUUUUUGUAUAGCAAAGGGUAUGGAAUAUUAUAUUCUUUCAAUUAAAUCUCGGUAAUUUUAUUUAUGAGAAA